AUUGAAUAUAUAUAGAGUGAUUCUGCGAAGAAAAAUAAAAUUUUUUUAUCUUAUGUUUUUUUCUUUUUUGAAAAAAAUCAACUUUAAAAUUUUAUUCAGUACUUCUAUCUAGUAUUUUCAUUUAUCGAACCAUAUUAAAUCAGAAAGAUUUAUUAUUUUAAAAAUUUCAACAAAUUUCCAUGAUAUUGGGAAUAUUUAUAAACACAAGUAUUAACAGCAAUGUUAUUUUAGUACGAGAUAAUAUAGUAGUCAAGCCUUACUUAUAUCUGUGUUAGAUAAAGCUUUAUUUGUUUUUCUCAAAAAUGAAGCGUUGGGUAAAAAAUCGUACUCUUUCUUUUUUUUUGACUUAUUUUUGCUCGUAGAAUCACUCUAUACUAAUUACGAGUCAUCGUAUAGCAUAUGACAAUUUUACGAUAAUUUUGUAAUUUUCCGAUACACAAAAACCGCUUGUUGGACCGGCUAUCGAUUACUCAAAUAUUUCAUCCUUCGAUUUGACUAUGAACUAUGAAUGUUUCUAGUAGAAUAUUUUUGCUAAUUUAAAACCUGUUUACUAGCAGUUUUCAUACACAUUCGAAAAUUACAAUCCAAGUCUUGUAAGACAUAAAAAUUUGAGAUUACUGAUAACAUAGCUAGAUAAAAGAGAGAAACGCACAAUUAACUACAUUUGUAUCGUUUAAUCACGAUCACAGAAACGGCACGAAUUCGUCCAAAAAGGAGAGUGAAAAAUGUCAAGUGAAAAACUUUUUGCAAUAUUAAUUGCAUGCUUGUGUUUGACAAACGAAUUAGCCUUGAGCGAAGCAGUCAAGUAUUGUUAUUCAGACGAUGAACAUCCAUAUCUGCAGGCUGGCACGAAGACAGCUUACGAAGUUGAACACGGUAUAAUUAAAAAUACCACUGUGCCAAAUUGCAAGCCAAUGCAAAUUUGGAUGUUAAUUAGACAUGGAACUCGUAAUCCUGGAAAGGAAGAGAUUAAAAACAUGAAACAUAACUUGCCAGAACUUCAACAGAAAAUCAUUAAGAAUCACGAGCAAUAUAGAAAGGGCAGUUUGUGCAAAAAGGAUUUGGAGAAACUGAGAACGUGGAAGUUAGAUGCAAAUCUUGACAAACACAAGCACAAGCAUUUGACAGCGCAAGGUAAAAAAGAUUUAUCAUCGCUUGGUGCACGGUUUAAAGAUUAUUUCCCGGAACUUCUGCAAUCUUAUCCGCUUGAUAGCUCGAGGCGAAAAUACAAAUUUAGAUCGACAGACAUAGAACGAACUAUAGUUAGCAUGGACAGUUUCAUUAAUGGUCUCUUUGGUAAUGCAACCGUGAACAACACGGAAGUAGUACCAACUUCCAAAGACACAUUGCUACAGUUGUAUAAAAUUUGCAAGUCAUGGUUGGACCAAGUGAGUAAUUCAUCGGACAAGAAUGAAGUCGAUAAAUUAUUAAAUGGUUCACUAUUUAGCGAGAUAAUCGGCAACGUUAGCCAGCGACUCGGCUUUUCACACAGACUUUCCUUCGAUGAUGUUCUAAUUAUGUAUACUGCCUGUUCUUUCGAAAAUGCCUGGCACAUCGAUGAAAGAUCUCCUUGGUGUGCCGCUUUUACAAAAGGUGAAAAAGAAAUAUUCGAGUACGAGGAGGAUCUCUAUUGUUAUUACUACUCCAGUUAUGGUCAAAUAUUGAGCAGUGUCGUUGGAUGUCCACCUUUGCAGGACAUGUUCAAUCAUUUUACAAAAUUGGAGAACGGCGAUUCCAACGAAGAGCCGCAAGGUAUUUUCUACUUUGCCCAUAGUACUACACUUCAAUUACUUUUAACAACGAUGGAGAUUGCAAAAGAUUCGGUGCCUUUGAAAGCUUCGAACUAUGAAACCAUGAGAAACAGAAAGUGGAGAACUUCUCGUCUGGCGCCGUUCGCUGCGAACCUUGCGGCCGUCUUUUACAAGUGUGACUCGUCGAAUAAAGUAAGGCUUUACCUAAAUGAGAAACCUUUACAUUACGAAGGUUGUGAAGCAGGCGUGUGCGACUGGGAGUAUUUGAAGAAGAAAAUCGGAUUCAAGGCGUUCAACUGUAACACAAAUAUUUGCACGAAAUGAUAUGCUGUACAUGGCAUACUUAUUUCAUAUGUUAAUGGCAAGUGUUACGUAAAAGGGAACAUGAAAUAAAUUUCAUCGGAUGUGGAAUUACGUAGAUAGAAGAAAUUACGUUCUGACAACCUGUACGUAGGUAUAUACCUACUCGAAGCAACGAAGCUAGACGACCUUAUAUUACUGUCACAUCAUCACUGGCGUGAUGAACGAUAUGCUCAUACAUUAUGACUAUAAUUCAGUCGCGUUUACUUCAUAUUGCCAGAAAAAUUCUUACGUGCUUUUUCUCUUAAUUUUCAUUAACGUAAUAUUCGUAUAUGUUUCACUACAUAUAUUGCUCGAAUUGAUUGAUCGAUAGAUUAUGCAUUGUGCAUGCAUUCAUGUAAUUCAUUGUGGACGUAUAUAUAUAUAUAUAUA